AUGUACCUCACCUCUCACCCAGUGACUGGAGAUAAGCACCAGCCCAUCACAAACCUUGACAGGAACAAGCAUGUGACAUGUAAUUGUUUCACCAUCAGUGACGGGGAACUGCAGGAGAUUGGAGUUGGACUGUAUCCAAGUUUAUCUCUAUUAAACCAUGACUGUAGGCCAAACUGUGUGAUGGUGUUUGAGGGGACAAAAAUACAGCUCAGAGCUGUGCAGGAUGUCAACCCUGGAGACGAGCUGACUAUAAGUUACACCGAGACGUUGUCUCUGACUGAAGAUCGACAGAAGCAGCUGGACGACCAGUACCAUUUCAUCUGCCACUGUCAGCGAUGUGAGUCUCCAGAAAAGGAUGGACUCAUGCUGUCAGGAGAAAAAACUAAAUGGAUCCCACUGAAGGAGGCUCUGUCGAGACUGGAAGGACUGAAAACAGAGUCCAGAAUCCUUUAUCUUUAUAGGGCCAAUUGGCAAGCGCUGUUAGAGAGCUGCAGCCAUCUGUUGUCAGCUGUUGGUGAACUUCCUGAUGAGAAUCUGUACAAGCUCAGGAUUACAGACAUGGCUUUAGAUGCCUCCGUUCACCUGGGGCUCUGGGAGGAGGCUCUGAGAUACGGCAUGAAGACACUUCCAGCUUACAGACUGCACUUCCCUGAUCCACAUCCUGUUCAUGGAGUUCAGCUGAUGAGAGUCGGAAAGCUGCAGCAUCACCUGGAGAACACCGAGGACGCUUUGGACACAUUCAAACAGGCCUUUAAAAUCCUGAAGCUCACUCACGGUGAAGAUCACCCCCUGAGCCUCGAGCUGCAGAUGAAGAUGGAGGAGUGUCGUUGUGAGAUGGAUCACCAAGUGUUGGGCAAACAUUAAGAAAGACAUCAAGCUCCUGAACAAAGAGGAUACAUAUAUGUAUGUGCCAGAUGAUGGCAGUAUAAGACUGUUUGAACU